GGGGCGGUGGGGGCGGUGCCGCGGGGGCGGGCCCGGCCGUCCUGGCUCCAAGUUGUGGGUCCAGGCUCCUCCCGACUCUGUUCCUUCCCCCUUGGCUCCUCGGACCUAGCUGCGCGGCUCGGGCCCGGGAGCUGCGGAACCCGCGCCGCCUCUGGGUGAGGACACGCCUGCCCUCGUCGAGAAAACUUUUCCUGCCUACUCAGUCGGGGCGGUGGUGGCAGGAAGUCCGGGCAGCGACCUGUCCCCCGCCCGCCCCGCGCGCCCUGCCGGGCGUUGGCGCUGAGCUUGCGAUCAAGUUUGUGGGGGCCCCGUGCCGGCCGCCGGCGAGUCUCUCCUCGAGGGCCUGGCCCCGGGGAGGGUGGCGGGCCAGGGCGAAGGCCAAGGGCGCAUGGUGGCGCCGGAGGCGAGGUGAGCGUCGCGGCCCGGACCCGCACCCGAGCGCGCGGAGGGCGCGCAGCCCAGGAGAAGGGAGCCCCCGGCGGCCGCUUCCUAGAGCCCACAGCCCGCUGCCUCCUCCGGGUGAGGACAGUGUCCAGGCCCCGAGUCUAUCGAGGAAAAUGAAGUUAAGCCGCCAGUUCACCGUGUUCGGCAGUGCGAUCUUCUGCGUGGUGAUUUUCUCCCUCUACCUGAUGCUGGACCGCGGUCACUUAGACUACCCCAGAAGCCCGCGCCGCGAGGGCUCCUUUCCCCAGGGCCAGCUCUCAAUGUUGCAAGAAAAAAUAGACCAUUUGGAGCGUUUGCUAGCUGAGAAUAAUGAGAUCAUCUCAAAUAUUAGAGACUCGGUCAUCAAUUUAAGUGAGUCUGUGGAGGAUGGUCCGAAAAAUUCACAAGGCAAUUUCAGCCAAGGUGCUGGCUCACACCUGCCAUCGCAAUUGUCCCUCUCAGUUCACCCUGCAGACUGUCUGUUUGCUUCACAAAGUGGAAGUCAUAAUGCAGAUGUGCAGAUGUUGGAUGUUUACAGUCUACUUUCUUUUGACAAUCCAGAUGGUGGAGUUUGGAAGCAAGGAUUUGACAUUGAGUAUGAAACUAAUGAAUGGGACACUGAACCCCUUCAGAUCUUUGUGGUGCCUCAUUCCCAUAAUGACCCAGGUUGGUUGAAGACUUUCAAUGACUACUUUAGAGACAAGACUCAGUAUAUUUUUAAUAACAUGGUCCUAAAGCUGGGAGAAGACUCAAGGAGGAAGUUUAUAUGGGCUGAGAUCUCUUACCUUUCAAAGUGGUGGGAUAUUAUAGAUAAUCAGAAGAAGGAUGCUGUUAAAAGUUUAAUAGAAAAUGGUCAGUUUGAAAUUGUGACAGGUGGCUGGGUUAUGCCUGAUGAAGCUAAUCCCCAUUAUUUUGCCUUAAUUGAUCAACUAAUUGAAGGACAUCAGUGGCUGGAAAAUAAUCUAGGAGUGAAACCUCGGUCCGGCUGGGCUAUUGAUCCUUUUGGACAUUCGCCAACAAUGACUUAUCUUCUAAAACGUGCUGGAUUUUCUCACAUGCUUAUCCAGAGAGUGCAUUAUGCAAUUAAAAAACACUUUGCAUUGCAGAAAUCAUUGGAGUUUUUUUGGAGACAGAAUUGGGAUCUAGGAUCUGUCACCGAUAUUUUAUGCCACAUGAUGCCCUUCUACAGCUAUGACAUCCCUCACACUUGUGGACCUGAUCCUAAAAUAUGCUGCCAGUUUGAUUUUAAACGGCUUCCUGGAGGUAGAUUGGGUUGUCCUUGGGGAUACCCCCCACAAACAAUACAUGCUGAGAAUGUCCAAAGCAGAGCUUCAUUGCUUUUAGAUCAGUACCGAAAGAAGUCAAAGCUUUUUCGUAGUAAAGUUCUCCUGGCCCCACUAGGAGAUGAUUUCCGCUAUUGUGAAUACACAGAAUGGGAUUUGCAGUUCAAGAAUUACCAGCGGCUUUUUGAUUAUAUGAAUUCUCACCCUCACUUCAACGUAAUGAUACAGUUUGGAACUUUAUCAGAUUAUUUCGAUGCACUGGAUAAAGCAGCUGCAAAUCAGAGAGAGAAGAGCCAGUCGAUGUUUCCUGUUCUAAGUGGAGACUUUUUCACUUAUGCUGACCGAGAUGAUCAUUACUGGAGUGGCUACUUUACGUCCAGACCCUUUUACAAACGAAUGGAUAGAAUCAUAGAAUCCCACCUAAGGGCUGCUGAAAUUCUUUACUAUCUUGCCCUGAGACGAGCUGAGAAAUACAAGAUAAAUACAUUUCUUUCAUCAUCACAUUACAAGUCACUGAUAGAAGCCAGAAGAAAUCUGGGACUGUUUCAACAUCAUGAUGCUAUUGCAGGAACAGCAAAAGAUUGGGUGGUUGUGGAUUAUGGUACAAGACUCUUUCAUUCAUUAAUUGUUGUGGAAAAGAUAAUUGGAAGUUCUGCAUUUCUUCUUAUUUUGAAGGACAAACAUGUGUAUAACUCCUACUCUUCUGAUGCCUUCCUAGAUAUGGAUUUCAACCAAAAAUCACAAGAUUCUCUGCCACACAAAAAUGUAAUACCCCUGAGUAAGGAGCCAAGGCACCUUGUGAUAUUUAAUCCUUUAGAACAAGACCGAACCUCGGUGGUGUCAGUCUAUGUGAAUUCCCCCACGGUGGAAGUGUCCUCUGCUUCAGGAGAACCUAUCAAAGUUCAAGUCAGCGCAGUUUGGGAUGAAAAAAAUGUUAUUUCAGAAACAGCCUAUGAGGUCUCUUUUCUAGCACAUGUACCACCGUUGGGAAUGAAAGUAUAUAAGAUUUUGGAAUCAGCAAGUUCAAAUUCACAUUUAGCUAAUUAUGUCUUGCAUAAUGGUAAAGCAGAAGAUACAAGAAUUUUCAACGUAAAGAAUAACGUACUUGGUAGAGAAUCUAUAACUCUAGAGAACUCUUUUAUUGCAGUCUGGUUUGGUCAUUCUGGGCUUAUGCAGAAAAUGAUGACUAAAGAAGAUGGUAAACACCAUGAAGUAAGGGUGCAAUUUUCCUGGUAUGGAACCACACGUAAAGCUGACAAAAGUGGUGCCUACCUCUUCUUACCUGAUGGUGAUGCCAAGCCUUAUGUUUACAAACUGCCGCCCUUGGUCAGAGUGACACAUGGAAGAAUUUAUUCGGAAGUGACUUGCAUUUUUGAACAUGUUACCCAUAGAGUCCGACUGUACCAUAUAGAGGGGAUAGAAGGACAGUCUGUGGAAGUUUCCAAUAUUGUGGACAUCCGAAAAGAAUAUAAUCGUGAGAUUGCAAUGAGAAUUUCUUCUGAUAUAAAAAAUGAAAAUAGAUUUUAUACUGACCUAAAUGGAUACCAGAUUCAACCUAGAAUGACAAUGAAAAAAUUGCCUCUUCAAGCAAAUGUCUAUCCAAUGACCACGAUGGCAUAUAUCCAGGAUGCUGAGUGCCGCUUGACACUACUGUCUGCUCAGUCCCUAGGGGUUUCCAGUUUGAAAAGUGGUCAGAUUGAAGUUAUCAUGGAUCGAAGACUCAUGCAAGAUGAUAAUCGUGGCCUUGGGCAAGGUGUCUAUGAUAACAAGAUUACAGCUAAUCUAUUUCGAAUACUACUAGAAAAAAGAAGUGCCGUUAAUUUGGAAGAAGAAAAGCAUCCUGUCAGUUAUCCUUCUCUCCUUAGCCACAUAACCUCUUCUUUCAUGAAUCAUCCACUCAUUACAAUGACAAAGAAGUUCUCACGUGACCUUGAGCUGCUGGGUGAAUUCUCUCCAUUACUGUCUCCUUUGCCUUGUGACAUUCAUCUGGUUAAUCUGAGAACAAUACAGUCAAAGGUGGGCGAUGGGUAUUCGGAUGAGGCAGCCUUGAUCCUCCACAGGAAAGGGUUCGAUUGCAGAUUCACUAGCAAAGACACAGGACUACUUUGUCCUACUACUCAGGGAAAGAUGUUGGUACAGAAACUUUUUAACAAGUUUACUGUUGAAAGUCUCACACCGUCCUCAUUAUCCUUGAUGCAUUCACCUCCAGACGCCCAAAAUAUAAGCGAGAUCACCUUGAGUCCCAUGGAAAUCAGCACAUUUCGAAUCCGGUUGAGGUGAACCUGACUUUCACAUUUGGAUCGGGAAUCGUUGGCUUUUUAUAUGUUUCUUGAUUUGACGUGCAAUAAAGAAGCACAUUAUUUUAGCUUCUGGCUACUGUGAGAACAUAAAUUCUGUGAUUUUUUUUUUUUUUUUAACCAGUACAGUAUGGAAAAAAAAAAAAAAGCCAUGCUAUCAACCAGGUUUCUUUUUUUUUUUUUUAAGUUCCUCCCAUGAACUAACAUCAUCAGUAUGAAUUGAUGCAACAAAUGAAGAAAUAUUUAAAAACAACCUCUCAACUGAUUGUAUCUCAGGUUUAAUGCUAACUAAUUGUCCAUGUUGGGGGUUGUGAAGAGAUUCUUGUAAGUAUUUAUGUUGCUGAUCCUUUGUUAGUUUUACAGAAAUACCCAUUUGACUGAAAUGGAAUAAAAUACUGGUGAGUAAUAGCUAAUGGCCAAAAUGGUUGCAAUCAUUCAUACAAGUUAGAAAAAUGUGUUGAAAUAAGUGGAAAAGUGCAAUCGAUCAACCCUUAUGGUAAACAUAGUUGUUUUUCACACCUUUUUCUAAUGAACGUCUUAACCUUUCCCUGCCCUUCCCACCCUUUGUAAGUAUUUCCAGAAAUAUCUGAUUUUAAAUCAUUCAGCAGUAGAAAAAGAGGCAUAUUUUCAAUACUUGACAAUGUGGGAUAGGUGCAAUUUAUUCCAUUGUCACUAAAAUAGAAGAAGCAAUUCCAUAGGUACCGUAAACCUAUUUUAGGUACCACAAGGUAUCUUUUUACACAGCUCAUUUGAAUACAGGUGUUCUGAGAUGGGGUUUUCUAUUUUAAAAUUACCAUAUCAAAAUAAAUGUGCCUUAUUUUUUUAUAAGUCUUGUUAAACCUUUUAGUGUCCAUAUUACUGUUUGGGGAAGGGGGGAUUUUGGGGGGUUGGGGACUGGGUGAGUAUUUUCUAUAACACAUAAAUUAUGUAAUUUUUGCCUGACAAUGCUGGCCACAUUCUGAUCUGUUUCAUUAAAUUUGUGGUGAUGUUACUCUAAACAUUUUGACUAUUUGAAUGUACUGAGAUGUCAGAAAACAAAACAAGGAAGAAAAAUAUUGUUAAUUAAAAUAUGCUGCUGCCAAGGAAACUGCAACUUGAAGCAAAGAUUUUGUAACAUGCAAAAUCCAGAUACUGUUUCCAUUUCACAGUAGUUAACUAUUAAAAGAGAAUGCUUUAAAAAUAGACCCUGUUUUGAAACCCACUUUUUUGUAGCUCAUCAAGAUUUAUCUUAUUAAAGAAUUUGUUUGUUAAUUCCAAGUUUUUACAUGUGCUAGCCUCAAAGUGAAGUUCUAAGCCCAUGUGCCAUUAUAAUACUUUUAAUAAAGUUUAUUUGGAAUCAUUGUCUCCUUAAUAUUAAAAUAAUAGCAACAUUUAAACUAUUCAGUUUCAAUGUAGAAAGGAGUCUGAGUAGGUAUAGUUUUGAAGAUUCUCUUUGAGUUAAAUUAAGAGAUUUAGUGUUAUGUGACUUUAAAUUUCCAUUUUACCUCUUAUCAUUCCAACAUUUUUAUAGAGAAAUUAGAAUAAUUUCUUUCACUAUAUAAAUUGAUUAUCAUCUGGAUUUUUACUCAAGAUGCAGCUCCUAAAAUUAUUAUGUUUAAAUUCAUAAACUCCUUUGCCUUUAAUAAUUAUGGAAAUAAUACCAUUGUUGAUAGAGAUAUUACAAGGGGGUGAUUUCAUGCAAUAAUUAUGUACUGUAAGCUUCCUUCCUCAUUUUUGGGAAUAAACAACUAGAAAAGGAGAUAAUACUUCCUUUUUGUGGACAUCUACAGAUGUUAGAGUUGCCAGAAGCAAAUCCCGGGAAUAAGAUCAGUAUUUUCACUGCAUCUUAAGUGUAAAACCUUCCUCUGGGAGUUCACUGUGUUCUGUGGUUAAGUGGGUAUGCUUAAUCAUUUUGGAAAUUCUGUUCAGAUGAAAUAAAAAAUCUUGAUGCAAUAACAGUGGUUUUGCCACUUCUGGUUGUUUGAGAUAGAUCUGUCCCAUGUCAGUUGGGGUUUUAUUCAGUGUGUGUUGCCACCAGCUGUUCACAGGUAAAGCAGAAAUUCUCUUUAACCAGCAAGUUUCUGCUCUUUAAAGUUAUUUUUAGGAUAGUCAUCAGGGAAAUGAAGAGAAGAUGCUUUAUUUAGGUUGUGGUCAAGAACUGAUUAAAUGAUUUAGUGUCUCUGGCAUACACUAAAAACCAUACACUUCAGUUGUGAUCUUGGUGGCAUAUUUAUUUGAUUAAGUUUUAUUACAUUUAUCAUCACAGAUGUUCAGUUGACCAAAUAGUGCAUUGCUUUCUCUCUCUCUCUCUCUCUCUCUCUCUCUCUCUCUCUCUCUCUCUCUCUCCCCCUUCCUCCCCCCCUUUAUUUUUCUUUGAAAUUUUCAUUUGAGGUUGUAACUGCAGUGUUGAAGAACUCAGCAUCCUUGUUUUCUACAAAUACUGAUUAAAACCAAGUGCUGUAAAAUGUGUUAUUAAAACAUAAUUGUUUUCCCAUAUCUUUGUUGUAUUUGUGCCGAAAUGUUUUCACAUUCCUUUGUCUGAAAUAAAACGUUUGCUUUCAUUUUUAUCAUUUUGCUCACCUUGGAAUCAACAGGUUUUGAUAUUUUCUCUUGGAAGAUUUUAUAUCUUUUUGGGAAUAUGUAAUAUAAGAUCUCUAAUAAAAGAUAAUCUUAUCAUGU